AUGGGGAAAAUAAACUUCAACACGUUGAUGGGCGUCGAUCCCUCACUCGACCAUCGUCACCACUUCGAAACCUCCUGGCUUCUACCUCCGCUGGCCUUCGCUUUUCUCCGCGGUCUCGUCGCCCUCUACAUUUUCGUCACCAACUUCUUCAUCUGGGGCUGGAACGGCACCCAUGGCAAUCGCGCCGCCAUCGGCCAGAGCUUCAGCUUCUUCACCUGGCUGACCUACUGGGGUCUAGGCUUCUACUACCUCGUCGCCUGCGUCCAUACGGCCUGCUAUGCUCGCUCCGGCCGUUCGCUUCUCUUCGAUGUCUGCCCACGGGGCCUGCGCGCCCUCCACGGCUUGUUCUAUACCACCGUCACCACUUUCCCCUUUCUGGUGACCAUCGUCUUCUGGGCCAUCCUCUACUCCGGGCCAUGGUACCAUGCAACCUUUAAUGGGUGGUCGAAUAUCUCCCAACACGGCCUGAACUCAUUCUUCGCGCUCCUCGAGAUCAUCCUCCCCACAACCAAUCCCCACGCCCUUCUCACCUUCCCCUUCCUCCUACUCCUCUUGCUCCUAUACGUCUCGCUGGCCUACCUGACACAUCACACGCAGGGAUUCUAUCCCUAUUCGUUCCUGGACCCUGGUGUGCACGGCGAGAAGAGCGGCCUCGUGGCCGGCUACUGCUUUGGCAUCUUGGCUGCCAUCCUGGUCAUCUUUGCCUUGUCAUGGGGGGCGAUCUGGCUCAGGAAGAAACUGACGCGCGGCGUGGUCAAGCGAUCCCGAUUUGAUCGUGAGAGGGGGUUGGAGAUGGAGGAGGUGAGUGCUUAG